GGUCUCAGGAAGAGCAUGAGGAAGUUUCAGAAGUUUCUCAAGGUCUGCAGAACGUUGUGAACUCACUGGUUCUCUGGAAUGUAGUCACUCAGGAGGAUGCUUUCAUACGAGACAGCAGUUUGCCCAGAGCUUCUGCUGGCUUUUCUGGUGAUUGUUCUGUCCAUUUGGUUCUGGAGAAGAAGAACGCAGCCCACAAACCAUCAGCACUUUAAAGAUGCUAACAAGACACUGACACCUAUAACAGAUAACCAUCAGUAUCCAGAUCAUCCAGAUGUACAUCCUACUUCAGCACAGACAGCUCCAACUCCCACUGUAGUUCGUCCUGAUGGCUGCUCUGUUGUUGCAAGUGCUAAUAACAGCAGCACUGUAUUUGCACCUACAGUCAGUAAGAACAUCAUCCAUGGCCAAUGUGUUUUCAACUUCAACACCAAUUCUGGAAAAGAACAUGGAGGAGCAGAAGGAGCAAGGAUAAACACAGAUGAAUCAAUUCUGCAGAAAUUCCUGGAGAGUCACAAAGCCAGCAUGAAGAGGAAAACUGAAUGUAUUUUUGAGGGAAAGAAGGAUGCAAAAAAUAAAAUACAGCUAAAGAAGGUUUACACACAGCUCUUCAUCACAGAAGGAGAACUUAACAAAGUCAAUAAUGAACAUGAGAUUCUAAAAAUUAUGAAAGACAAAGCUUUCAGAGUUCACAAAACUCAGGAGACAGCAAUAAGCUGCAAUCAGAUUUUCAGUUCAGCCUGGAAAAACACAGACCACAACAAAACAGUGUUGACCAAAGGCAUUGCUGGCAUUGGAAAAACAGUAUCCGUUCAUAAGUUCAUUCUUGAUUGGGCAGAGGAAGAGGCCAACCAGCACAUAGACUGCAUGUUCCUGCUUCCAUUCCGAGAGAUUAACUUGAUAAAAGAUUCAGAGUUCAGUCUUCAUGAAUUGUUGCUGGAAUUCCACCCUGAACUAGAAGAAGUGAAAGAGACCAAAACAUAUGAAAAUCUCAAGAUUGCGUUCAUUUUUGACGGGCUUGAUGAAAGUCGACUUCCAUUGGAUUUCAGCAGCAGGAUUGUGACAAGUAUUCAUAAGAAAGCAUCUGUGGAUUUGUUGAUAACAAACCUCAUCAAAGGAAAUUUGCUUCGAACCUCCUUGAUCUGGAUAACCUCCCGACCAGCAGCAGCCCACCAAAUCCCUUCAGAGCAUGUGAGCAUGUUCACAGAAGUACGAGGGUUCACUGAUAAGCAGAAAGUAGAGUACUUCAUGAAGAGAAUACCAGAUGAAACUAAAGCCUCAAAAAUCAUCUCCCACAUUAAGGUCUCUCGAAGCCUCUACAUCAUGUGCCAUAUUCCGGUCUUCUGCUGGAUCACGGCUACUGUGCUUCAGGACAUGCCGGUCCAAAAUCCAGGAGAGGACAUUCCCAGCACACUAACUGAAAUGUACAUCCACUUUCUGCUUAUACAGAUGAACAUGAAGAACCAGAAGUACGACAAGAAGGUUGAGCGAGAUCUGACGAAACUUAUGGGAUCAAACAAAGGACUGAUCCUGAAGUUAGCCAAGCUGGCAUUUGAACAGCUGAAAAAGGAAAACAUUAUGUUUUACGAAAGUGACCUGAGGGAGUGUGGUAUUGAUGUCACCGAAGACUCUGAAUAUACUGGAAUGUGUGCUGAGAUCUUCAAACAGGAGUCUGUACUUCACGAGAAAAAGGUUUACUGCUUUAUACAUUUGAGUCUUCAAGAGUUCCUUGCUGCUCUUCAUGUGUUCUACUCUUACCUGAACAAGAGCAUUAAUGAUUUGCAGUUUUUCUUUGAUCGACCUCCUGCUAACAUUCAGCUGGAUCUCUUAUUGAAGAAGGCAAUUGACAAAGCCAAAGAGAGUGAGAAAGGACAUUUAGAUCUUUUUCUGCGUUUUCUGCUGGGCAUCUCACAUGAGUCCAAUCAGAACCUCCUGGCAGGCCUGUUGCCACACACAGAGAACACCAAAAAGAGCAUCAGUAAAGUAAUACAGCACAUCCGGCAAAUGCAGAACAAGGGUCCAGAUCUGUCACCUGAGAAAUCCAUCAAUCACUUCUUCUGCUUGGUUGAACUAAAAGACAGCUCCCUUUACAACCAGAUCAAGAAACGUCUGAGUGCUGAAGCACUUCCAGACAAACAUCUCUCCUCAUCCAACUGCUCAGCUCUGGCCUACAUGCUCUUGAUGUCUGAGGAGGUGCUGGAUGAACUCAAUCCAAAGAACUACAAUACAUCAAAUGCAGCUUGCAGGAGACUGAUCCCGGCUGUGAGAUGCUGCAAAAAAGCAUUGUUUGCUGGCUGUGAACUUACUGAGAGUUGCUGUGAAUGUGUAUCUGCAGCUCUGCAAUCAGAAAACUGCCCCCUGAGAGAGCUGGACCUCAGUGAUAACUACAGACUUGAAACAGCAGCUAAGCUGCUUUCUGAUGGACUCAAGAGCUCAUACUGUUACCUGGAGAUACUGAGGUUAGCCAGAUGUUAUUUCACCCAAAACAGCUGUGCAGAACUGGUCUCUGCCCUCAACUCAAUUUCAUCCUCUCUGAAAGAGCUGGACCUCAGUAACAAUGACCUGCAAGAUUCAGGAGUGAGUCAACUCCUUCUCGGACUAGGAAAUCCAUACUCUAAACUACAAAUCCUGAGGCUGGGCUGGUGUAACCUCACUGAGAAGAGCUGUGAGUUCCUCUCCUCAUUUCUUAAGACUAGCACAGAGUCAAAUCUAAGAGAGCUGGACCUGAGUAACAAUGACUUGCAGAACACAGGAAUAAAACUGCUCUCUGCUGGAUUGGAGUAUCCAAAGUGUAGAUUGGAGAUACUGAGGUUAUCUGGGUGUAUGAUUACAGAGGAAGGAUGUUCUUUUCUAGCCUCAGCUCUGAAUUCUAACCCCACCCACCUGAGAGAGCUGGAUCUCAGCUAUAAUCACCCAGGAGAGUCAGGAGAGAACCUGCUGUCCGCUAGAGUGGAGGACCCACACUAUAAACUUUUAUUAAGGAUGGACCCAAAAGGUGAACACUUCAUCAAACCAGGGGUCAAAAAGUAUGCCUGUAGGCUCACACUGGAUCCAAACACAGCACACAAACAACUCUAUCUGUCUGAGGCCAACAUGAAGGUGACACAUGUGGACGAGAAGCAAGAUUAUCCAGAUCAUCUGGACAGGUUCGAAGAAUUUCCACAAGUGCUGUGUGAGGAGGGUCUGUCCGAUCGCUGUUAUUGGGAGGUUGAGUUCAAAGAUUCAAGCCCUGAAAUAGGUGUGACCUACCAUCAAAUACUAAGGAAAGAUGAUGAUGACAUUGCUUGGCAGGCAGCUAAAACUCAGCUUGGAAUGAAUGAAGUGUCUUGGAGUCUCGGCUACAGUACAACUGGCUACCAUGCCCGCCACGAUUCACAGUACACGGACAUACGUGCUACUGUCUCAAGGUCAGGCAGAAUAGGCGUGUUUCUGGACUGGCAGGCUGGUGUUCUGUCUUUCUACAGCGUCUCUUCUGAUACUUCCACACUGUCCCGCCUGCACACGUUCCAAACUACCUUUCGGAAGCCUCUGUAUCCUGGCUUCUGUGUGGAAUUCGGCUCAUUGUUUUUAUGCCAGAUGGAUUAAUUACAGUGAUUACAAGGUAAUACAAGACCUGUAUUAUCAUCUAGAUUAUUCUUUCCUCUUUCUAACAAAAUGAACAGCAACAACGUUUAACAUGCAGACUGUGUUCAAACAUGGAGGUCAUUUUCAUGAGAACUAUCAAUUUCUUUAUUUUUAUAAUUUCUGUACUUUUUAAAAUCAGAAUUUUUUAAAUUUGACUAAUUCGCUCAUAAAUUAGGAUGGUGGAAUCUUGAGAGCAUCUGAAUUCCAGCUGCCUCGGGUGAUGAUGUCAUAUGGGCCUUGGAAUAUGACAGUAUUUAUCGUUAUCGUGAUAAAUUAUGACACAAUAUGUCACAAUAUUGCUUUUCUGAGUACCACCAGUACCCUGUUGCAUGUUUGAUUACAAAGGGAGCCCAGCUUAGCGUGUAUAUUUUUGUGAUCAUGAAUUUAACCUGAUGGAUUUUAAAUGGCUUGAUACUACUGCUUUUAUAUUUAGUUCAAAAUGUUGCAGUCUUCAGAUUUAAAUUUGAAAAAGUAAAUGUUUACAUGUUGCUUUGGUAUUUUAAAAUACCAAAGCAUUUAAAACAGUUAAGUUUCUGUGGCACUUGACAGAAGCCUAGUCAAAAGUGAAGGUUACUGCAGCAGUAUUGGAAGAAUGUUCUUUUAUCAGGAGAAAAAGAACUUAAAAUAAUGAUCUGUCUGGAGUACCUGAGAGUGAGGCAGACUCAGAGAGACGAACAUAUACAGCUCACCAGAUCAAACAAGUAAGCCCACAAAAUUCUAAAAGCCUACCUCUUCAUAGCAACCACUGUUUCUCCUGUUGGAUUAUUUGAUGGAGUCUGUGUAGCAGGAGUGGACAAUACUUGAGUAAUUGUACUGUAUUAUUAAACUGUAUUACUGUACUUAAGUGAUGUUUUGGAAGAUUGGUUAAGUGGAGUGGGAGCGUGUUUGGGGUAAAUAUAGGGGUCACAAAUGGAGGAAUCAGCAGGACUGGAGAGACAAGUCUCUUUUGGCAGGUCACAAUGAUAAAUCCUGGAGUCUACACUGCUCCAAUUACAACUACAGUGCUUUGCACAGUGGCAAGAAAACUGACCUCAGAAAAACACCAGAGAACAACUUAAUUUCUGAGAUGAUAGCUGUGUAUCUGGGCUGGCCAGUUGGCACUCUGUCUUUCUACAGGGUUAACACCACAUAUACAAGUUCCAUAUGAGGUUCACAGAGCCUGUCUACGCUGUGUUCAGACUGGCCCAUCACUAUGCUGUGGUGUUCCUGUAGCUGAGCACAGACUGUUUUAGUGAGUAGACAUUUUUCUGUCCACCUUCUAGCCUGAAAAGUCCAAAUCCAACUGUCCUCACCCCCAGCCUCUGAAAACAUCCAAACUAACAAGACAAAGAAAGUGGGAACAAUAUGCAUUGGACCCAUUGAGUUUGGAGAUGUAUCUAUUAUUCGGCAGCUGAAAAUUUUGGGCCAAAACAAAAAGAAGGUUGAAUUUUUGACUCAGAACCCCUCAAAGAUGAAAAGCAUACAAUAAAGUGUCAUAAUCCAAUAUUGUACAAACAAUUUUAAUGGUAAAUAAAAUUAGAAACAUGGCCUCCAGCUGAUAUGCAGAACAACAGCAAAACAACAGAGGCAGAAAAGAGCAUGCCAGGGCCGUCUGUAGAUUCAAAAAUGAUGAAAAUGUCAGUGCAAAAGUAUAAAGAAUAACUAAAAAGAUCAUGAAAAAUUCAUUGCCUUAGAUGACCAACCAAUUUUGAGGACGGUAGAUUCUGUUGGCAUAUGCUGUACCUACUGUAUAAUUUCAUAAAAGAAUGUUAAUUGUUAAAAUGUUAAAUGUUUUUAUUUAUUGUCAGUUAUGUCCUAUUGAAAGGGCUGACUUUAUCCAUAAAAUAUGUAAUUUCUUCAAUAGCUUGUAGUGAUUCUAUAUUAUUCAAAAGUAUAAAUAUAAAAGCAAUAAAACAUCAGCUUCUUAUUUGCA